AUAAGGCUACUUAUUAAAUCUUUCUUCAAAAAAAAUUCUAGUUCUUUAAAAAUGACGUAAGACAAUAACGGAAAAUUUUCUGAUAUAUUUUUUUCAUCUGCUACCAGACUAUUCAAAAUUCAAAAUUCAAAAAAAAAAAAGGAAAAUAACUUGAACUUUGGUCUGAUUGAAAAAAAGCAGGACAUUUUGAUAAUUUUGAUAAAAAGCAGAGCCAACAGGACAAAUAUCGCCAAAAAGCAGAAAAAAAGUAGAAUAGGUAUAAGAGUGUUGGACACCCUUAUGGGUGCUUGUUGCAAAAAUUUACCAUUUUGGUUUCUUUUUUUCGAAUUUGAAAUUUUCAGCUCGUAAAAGUAGUCACUGUAUCAUACACCUAACACAUGAACGCAGUUUUGUGUUUCUUGGACCAUUAAUCAUUCCUCUCCUCAAACUUUUUUUUUUUCGUUAACGAUGCGAGCAAAACAUACACCACGCAAAACAAAAUAAUUGCAAAUUUGGCGGAGAUUCUAAGAGCAAACAUAAACGAAUUGCGAGGAAUCCCCUGUCAGGUUACGUUAAUGUAUGAAUUGGCAACUAGCGAAGAAUUUCGUUAAAUUACAGCGUAUCAUCAUAAUCAGCAGCCUUAAGCUUUAAAAGCGUCAACGAGAGCUAUUAUAAUUGUAAUGGAAAAAUUCACUACUCAAUUUGGAUAAUCUCCAAUCAAACACGUGCAUCUGGUUUAAAUACCUACUUACAUACAACGAAAACGAAAGGAAAUAAGCCAACACCGAAAUCGUCGGCCGAUCUUCCAUCACAAGAAUAAUUUCACCUACCCGAAGAGAAACCAGAAAUGCAGAAAAAUCACGAUUGCACGAGUGAAUUCUCGGUUGCUGACAUAAAAAAUGACUCUAUAAAGCAAGUUUUUCAAUUAUUAGCCGAAGGAGAAACAAAAUUAUGCCAUCAGCCCAAAAUAGAAGAAGCAACUCUGCUACUGGGUAACACCGGUGUAGGGAAAUCUGUAUUGACUCGACGAAUAGCUGGAUACGGCGGUACACUCAAAUCAGUCUUAAAUAGAGUCGACUACACCAUCGUCGAUAUAAACAGCAAGGAUAAUGAAAAAUCCUUCGUCACAUCCAACACCAUAUUUCCAGAACUACUACAAAACAACACUACCAGCGCAGCAUAUUACGACUUUCCAGGUUUCCUGGAUACCAGAGGAACGGCUAUCGAUAUCAGCACGACGUAUUUCAUGAAAAAAACAGCAGAUAAUGCAAAACGAGUUAAAAUCCUGAUUCUGGCAAAUCACGCUUCACUCACCAAUUUAGGAACGAGAGAUGAUUUUACAACCCUUUUACAUCACGUUACAAAAUUUGUUAAGAAUAUUGACAAAUAUAAAGAUGGAAUCGCACUUAUCGCGACAAAAGUUCAGUAUUUUAGAAUAAAAGACGAUAAGAUCGUAUCAAGUAUAGCAAAAUUCAUCGCAAAUGUUAAACUCGAAUUAGGGAAACAACAACUCAAAGGUCUCGCAGACAACUCAAAUGCGAUUAAGCUUCUCGACAUCUUAUUACAACAAGAUGGACAUAAAUACCCCAAAAUUGGUAUUUCCAGAUCACCCGAUGAAGAAGGACUUAUGAGUGAAAUUCCUAAAAUAAAAGAAAACACCCAAAAUAUCGAAACAAUGUUGGCAAAACUCAAAUUCGUCCAAACAAAUGAGUCAGAUUUUGGUUACAUUUUAUCGAAAAAAUCUCUGGCGGAUAUUCCAAACAUACUGAAUGAAAUUAAUCUCGGAAUUACCGCCAAUGUUCGUGAAAUUAGUAAAGAAAUGCAGAAAAUUCUAUCUACAGGAGAAAAUGGAAGUUUCGAUUUCGACAAAGUGACGAAAAUAAAAGAAAAGGCGAGCAAUCACAAAGAUCUGGAAAAAUGUCUACAAGAAGUUGUCCGGGGAGCUGUUUCCAUGAAUAUAAGCUCAGUACACGAAAACACAUUGAAGAAGCUGGGCCAUUAUUCGUCAAUUAUACGUCAAGUUGGCAAUCAAACUUCACAAAAUGAAUUCAAAUGUGCGGAUGGAUUGGAAGAAGUCGUCGAGUAUUCAACGUCGAUAAAAUGGAACGAAUUCGUGAACAAGUUAUAUGAAAGAUUAUCUCAUUACGAAAUACAAAGAGAUACUCGUAAAAACCCGUGUACCACAUUUGCUGACAAUGUGGCCGAAGCGAUAGACGAUGAAAAAGCAGAACUAAAACUCGAUCCAGUUGUUUUGGAAGAAUGUUACCCGAAUUACAAACCAGAGUUCGAAGGCAUUGAAAAAAUUAAAGUCGAUGAACCGAAAUUGAAAACUUUGGAGAAAAUGCUGCGUAUAACAUUGAAAAGCAUUUUAACGUAUUCGUGCGAUACCAAUAAAUUAGCAGUGAGAGGGCAGUACGUUAAACUAUCAGAAGUUCUCUCAAUCCAACAAAAAAACUGCAAAGAGCCUAAAUUUAUAGAAAUUUUAGCAUUGAAUGAUGUAUUCAUUGACACAAAUUUGAAUAAAACAGGCGAAGAAGUGCAACUUGCCAUAGUAGCUCCCAAAUGGAAUAUCCAAGGUACUAAAAAAAUUACACUCGAAGGUAAGCCUGGAGAGGCUCACAAACCUACCAAAGCAAAAUUUGGAAAUCCUGGCUCAGAUGGUUUGCCUGGAUUACCUGGAGGACCCGGAGGGAAUUUCUUAGGAAUAGGUGAAACGUUCAUGAAUUUACAAGGGCUCACUGUAUCUGUCAAAGGUGGUAAGGGAGGGCCCGGCCAGGAUGGCGGUGACGGUGGAAAAGGUCGUGAUGGUGCCAAUGCUUGGAAUGACGUUUUUGUAAAAAAGAACAUAGGACACCAAAUAGUCACCUAUGGCAGCAUUGGGUUGGCCAGCAUAGGUAAAGUAGAGUCUAAAAAUCAUAGUAUAAUAAAUUAUCGGGAGAGUAUCAGCUAUUACGAGGUAACUAUUGCUGGUAAAGAUGGAGAAAAAGGUGGAAAUGGUGGCGAUGGUGGGGUAGGUGGUCUUGGAGGGAAUUCAGGGAAGAUUAUUUUUACUCCUCUGUCAAACUCAGCCUCAAACCAUUUACGCUCAGGCACAGGAAUAGGAAAUGAUGGAUCUGAUGGUAAAGGUGGGGAAGGAGGUGCAGGAGGAAAACGUGGCAAUGAUCUACUUGUGGAAAAACCACUGCUCGCUGGCGUUUAUAGAAAUGAUACUGAAAAGGUAAUUUACAAAGAUGAACGAGCAAAAUCUGGUGAUCGUGGCAUCGAUGGUCGUAAUUCCAAGCAACAAACUAACCCUCUUCCGAGAAAAAAACUCUUGAACAUACCGGAUAUAAUGAAUGAUUACAAAAAAUAUGCAAUGGAGAACCUCCACCAAAGUAUGAACGAAUCUUACACGAUGGAAUUUCUUCACAAGAUGGAAAAUGAUGAGCGUCUAAAGAAUCAACCCCAAAGGCGUCGUCGUUUUAUUGAUCAGGGUAAUCAAACGCAAACCAUCGAUCAUGAAAAUGUGCCUGCAACAAGCAAUUUCAAAACUUCACGUAUUCUGAUGGCCUUGGAACCUGGUACUAGCAAUGCUGAUAAUGCAUCUGCAAAAAGUGCUGCUGCCCGAAUUAAUUCACCCAUCAACUUUGCAGUCAAAUUAGUCAGCAGUUUCAUUGGGCAAUUAAGCCUCUUUGGAAGUGCCAGUAUAUUGAAUUAUGGAUUGGUUAGAGGUGGCAUCGAAUCCAUGUUCAGAGAUUCAAAGCCUUCAGACAUCCAUACCACAGCAAAAGAAAACACUAAUCAUACAAUACAACUUGGAAAUUUCAAUAUUAACGAAUCUUUGACAUUGGCCAAUUUUGCCAUUAGGUGCAUCACUAAAGAGAAAUUUUACAGCAGCGAAGAAAAAUUGAUGAUUUUAACAGAGGUGAAAGCCUUAGUGCUGAAUAUCAUUACAGAAUUUGAGAAAAUAUUGAGUGAUCUAUGUGUGCAGUACAAUUUACCUCCUGAAUCUUUGGAAUUUGAUCCUGUGACAUUGAUAUCAAAACUGGAAAAAGAAAUAAUCAAUCAAAAUUACAAAAAAAUGGGAAACGUAUUGUAUCAAUCUGUUGAGGGCAGUUUUCGUUCCAACAAUCCUCAGUUUCAUGCUCAUCUGCUGCAGAAAAUUGACGAAAUAUUAGUUAGUCGAAACAAUGCUGAUCUAGAGGAUCACCAAAUCAACAGUGACCAUCUUCAAUCUAAUAGAUCGAGUAAUGUAAUCGGGAUGGAAAAUUGCAACAAAUGCAACGUGUAUCAGCUUGAAAUGAAUAACUUUCAAAGUUUUGCAGAGAUAGGUUCUUAGGAGUUUGAAAGAACAUGUACUGACCAUAACAGUAGCUCACCAAAAUCUACUUAUACUUUCACCAUAAUUAUAUGCUCUGUACUAGAAUAAUUUUUAUACAUUAUCUACUUCAAAAACAUAGUACGCAAAUAUGUAUCUUUAAUUUUAUAGAAUUUUAAUUUUAAUGAUUUUAUGUUCUGUACUGAACAUUUUUAUGCCUAUGAUGGUUCAUUAUUUUGAUGAUUUAUUUCAAUAAAACACACAGCAAAUCGCUGUCUCAUU